UGCAAAGGCCGUUCUGUUGCUAUGGCAACAGUAUCUCUCUGAUACAGGGCAUUCUACUGGCUGAGCUUGUGCCCUAUAUUGUUUCCUACUAUAUCACUCCACUAUAUCUGAGCUUCUUAGGUGGUGUUUAGAGCAAUGUUUUCAAACCAGAGUGUCUCCAGCUGUUGCAAAACUACAACUCCCAGCAUGCCCGGACAGCCAACGGCUGAUCUGCUUAAUUCUACUUAUGGAUUUGGAGACCACAUCCAUUGGAGAACUCUGGAAGAUGGCAAACAAGAAGCAGCCAGCAGUGGUUUACCGAUAAUGCUUCUGAUCCAUAAAACCUGGUGUGGAGCGUGCAAAGCACUGAAACCAAAGUUUUCAGAGUCCAAGGAGAUCUCUGAACUCUCUCAUAACUUUGUCAUGGUGAAUGUGGAGGAUGAGGAGGAGCCGAAGGAUGACUCCUUCAGCCCUGAUGGUGCAUACAUCCCUAGAAUUCUUUUCCUGGAUCCCAGUGGACACGUCCAUCCUGAGAUCAUAAACUCCAAAGGGAACCCCAGUUACAAGUAUUUCUACAAUACAGCAGAACAAGCGCCUACAGAUUCCGCAGCGCUUAUGGACAGGUUCAUUCUUUCAGCGGCGACAGAAAUUCCACCGUAUGCACAGCGCAGCAGAAUCCCAUAGAAUUCAACAGGACUCUGCCGCUCCAGAAACUCCGGAGGAAUUCCGAUGAGGAAUUCCGCACAGAAAUUCCAAUGAGGAACUCCGCACGGAAAUUCCAGACGUGUGAACACUUUCCUGGCUAAAUAAAGAACUGAAAUAGAAAACUUUGGAUUUUUAUCUAUUUGGGUCAGUGUACAAAAAAAAAGCACAAAAAGUGACUGCACAAGUCAAAUGUGGCAAAAAGUAAAAAAAAUAAAAAUCCCCUCAGAUGCUCCUCCUCUCGAUGUUGCCCGGGUCACCAGAUUCCCUGCGGAAAAGUCUCACAGGUGUUUUACUAGCAGCGGCCAGACGAGUCAUCCCUAGACGAUGGAAAACCACCGCUCCCCCCACGACUACUGAUUGGCUUCGUGAAGUCCUGCACAUUCAGGGGCUGGAGGAAUGUCUAGCAGAUUUGAAUGCCUCCACCGACCGAUAUGUCCUGCGCUGGCGCCACUGGCUGGAUUUUGCGGCCUCACCCAGCUUCCUCCAAUAUGGCCUCACCUGAACCCUCUCCUUUUCCUCUCGCUCACCUGUCCUGCCCCGCUCCCCCCCCCCUCUGACCUCACCUCCCUCCCUACCCCCCCCCCCCAGCACCCCACCCACUACCAAUUGCACUGGUUACCCCACUACUUGCCUAAUAUGUUCGGACUUACUAGACUAAUGUUGUUACUCGGAUGAGUAUUGGUUCUCCCUAUAAGGCACAACUUUGCCCCUGCUGUACCUUGCUUGCUAGGUUUAUUUUAUAUGUACAUGUCAUGAACCUGGUGUGUGCUAUUGUUCCUUUCUCUUUUUGCUUAAUAAAGU